AUGUCGAAAGUCAUUAUUCUGGUUGCUCUCUGCAUUUUACCGGCUCUAGCCAUGGCGGCUCGUCCGAACAAGAACCCAUUCGUCGUCAGAGGCCGUGUCUAUUGCGAUACUUGCCUCGCUGGUUUUGAAACUUCGGCAUCUACUUUCAUCCCUGGUGCGGUGGUUAGAUUGGAGUGCAAAGACAGGAGAACAAUGGAGCUAACCUACACGCACGAGGCGAGAACCGACUCAACGGGAUCAUACAAGAUCUUGGUUAGCGAAGACCAUGAGGAUCAGUUCUGUGAUACCAUGUUGGUUAGUAGCUCUCAGUUACGCUGCUCCAAUGUCUCACCUGGUCAUGACCGUGCCCGUGUCACCCUCACUCGUUUCAACGGCAUUGCUUCAGACGAACGUUUCGCGAACAACUUGGGUUUCCUAAGGGAUGCAGCAUCACCAGGCUGUGCAGAGAUCAUGAAGCAAUAUCAAGAAACUGAAGACUAA